AUGUCCAGCCAAGGAGUGUCUCCUUCAUGCUGCCGACGCCCUCUGGGCCAGAGGAAGACGCUGCACAAUGCUGCGGAGGCGACAAAAAAACAUCGCCGAAAUGAACAGAGACAGGUUCCUGGGCUACUGGGCUACUGGGCUGAUAAGAUGGGGCGAAAAAAUGAGAUCGACUGGUCCGACCAGCGAGUAGCACUCGCCUUUCUCGAUGGCAGCCUCAGUGCGGAUUCCCAGCUGCCAGAUCUGCCAGAGGGGGUUCGUCUCAUCGUGGCCAAGAACGCGUUCGUGCCAGGAAUUUACAUCCGCAGAAUUUGGUCCGAAUCCAGAGCUCCAGCUGUCGCGCUCGUUGAGAAACUCCGCGUCCAAUUCAUGUUUGGAGAAAUCAUCAGUUGGUUCACCGAUCUCUUCCGAUCCCUGGGGCUCUUGGCACAGAAGAAAGCAAAGAUUUGUUUCCUGGGGCUGGACAAUGCUGGGAAAACGACGCUUCUGCAGAUGCUGCGCGAUGGGCGCCUGUCAGUGAACGCUCCCACACUCUAUCCCAGCAAUGAGGAGCUGAACAUCAACGGCAUUCGCUUUCGAACCUUCGAUCUGGGCGGCCAUGAAACUGCCCGGCGUAUCUGGAAGGACUAUUUGUCGGCGGUCGAUGGCAUCAUUUUCUUAGUGGAUGCAGCAGACCGUACGCGCUUCCAAGAGGCGGCAGAAGAGUUGGGCCGCCUCCUAGACGACCCAGCGCUGGCGAGGGUGCCCUUUGUGGUGCUAGGCAACAAGAUCGACAUCCCGGUGGCAGCCUCUGAAGACGAGCUGCGACAUUCCCUUGGACUCUACACCCACAUGACGUCAGGCAAGUACGUGACCAAGGGAGAGGCAUCCGUGAGACCUUUGGAACUCUUCAUGUGCUCCGUGGUGAAGCGUGACUUGCAACGGUCGAUCGAAUCCUGCUGGGUCGAUCCCUCACCAUUGAUGGUCAGUACUGGGAAGCCAACCAAAACGGAACGCUAA